AUGGGGGCGGCUGUGUCCAGAGCAAUGAGGAACUUCAAUCUCGAGAACAGGGCAGAGCGGGAAAUCAGCAAGAUGAAGCCCUCCCUCGCCCCCAAGCACCCCUCUACUAAGAACCUACUACGAGAAGAAAUGAGUCGCCAUCCAGAAAUCAGGGGAGAAAUUACUAGAAAAGAUGACAGGCUGUUGUCCUUACUAAAAGAUGUUUAUGUUGAUUCCAAAGAUCCUGUGUCUUCUAUGCAGGCAAAAGGUGGUGGAACACGGCAUGAGAUGAAGGAGUUCAGAUUGCCAAAAGGCCAUCACUUUAAUAUGAAUAUUACAGACAUUCCCAAAGGCAAAAUUUCAGUUGUAGAAGCAUUGACACUUCUCAAUAAUUAUAAACUUGAUCCAGAUACAUGGACUGCUGAGAAAAUAGCUCAAGAAUACCAUCUUGAACUCAAGGACGUAAAUUCUCUGCUUAGAUACUUCAUUACUUUUGAAGUCAAAAUCUUUCCCCCUGAAACCAAGAAAGCCUUAUUAUCAAAAUGA